UCAACAUGUUCAGUUCGAAAAGUUGAAAUCUCAUCAUUCUAAUAUUUUGCUACUGAAUCAAUUUUCACAAACUGUGGAAAUUAUUAUUAUUAUUGUUAGAUACAUAACAUAAUUAAUCAAAAUGACAGGCAACGGUGGUGUUCGAACAGAUUCAUUGGACUACAGGACAGAGCUUCUGUCACCGGCGGCAGCGGCGGAGAACGUCAGAGUGCCAAGUGAACCGUCGUGGCGGCUCAACAUGGAUGAGUACAAGCUGCCGGAGAGGCAUGCUACCUCUCAGUUUGGCCUAGGCCAUUUCAUUAACUCAUUGAGGAGGCAAAGAAAAAUUGCAGAAUAUUACAAGAGGCAGGUUAAACUUCUUGAGGGAUUCGAUGAAGUAGAUUCAUUUACUGAGUUAGGAACCUUGCCCGGAGCUUUAACUGAGGACGAAAUGAAGGAUCUUGCGAGAAACGAGAGGAUGGCAAUCUAUGCAUCGAACGUGGCUAAUUUGGUGCUGUUCUUGGCCAAAUUGUAUGCGUCUGUUGAGAGUAAAUCAUUGGCAGUGAUAGCUUCAACUCUAGACUCACUCUUAGACCUCUUAUCUGGCUUUAUUCUUUGGUUCACUUCUUAUUCCAUGAGAAAACCAAAUGAGUUUUAUUACCCUAUUGGCAAGAGUCGUAUGCAACCUGUGGGAAUUGUUGUUUUUGCAUCAGUAAUGACCACUCUUGGGUUACAAAUAUUGUUUGAAUCAGGUCGAGAACUUCUAACCAAGACUCAACCUGAAAGAGACCCAGUGAAAGAAAAAUGGGUGAUAGCGAUAAUGGUAUCGGUGACAGUGGUGAAAUUUGUGCUAAUGGUUUAUUGUCGAAGAUUCAGUAACGAAAUAGUUAGAGCAUAUGCUCAAGAUCAUUUCUUUGAUGUUAUCACCAACUCAAUUGGCCUUGCCGCUGCCGUUUUAGCUAUCAAAUUCUAUUGGUGGAUCGAUCCCCUUGGUGCCAUUCUUAUCGCGUUGUACACGAUGGGUAAUUGGUCAAAUACAGUGAUGGAGAACGUUUGGUCGCUAAUCGGAAGGACAGCGCCGCCAGAGUAUUUAGCGAAGCUUACAUACCUAAUAUGGAAUCAUCAUGAAGAUAUUAAGCACAUUGACACUGUGAAAGCAUAUAAAUUUGGAAUCCAAUAUUUUGCUGAGGUUGAUAUAGUGUUACCUGGAGAAAUGUCUCUUAGCAAUGCACAUACCAUUGGAGAGACCCUUCAAGAUAAGAUUGAAAAACUGCCUGAGGUCGAGAGAGCCUUUGUUCAUGUAGACUUUGAUACCACUCACAAGCCAGAGCACAAGUCAAAAGUUCCAUGAUGAUAUUUUUUAUUACAUAUAUAUUUUGAGAAAGCUAACCAUAAUAUAUCAUUAUUAUUACUAUUAUUAUUAUGUGGUCAUUAUUAUAUAAAACAAUUAGUUGGUUAGUGUGCUUUAAAUAAUUUUUUGUGCUUUUUGUUUUUUCCUUUUUCCAAAAAGGCUGAGUUUUGGAUCGCCUAGUGAGAAUUAUCAAAUUUUAACUAUGGAUAUUUUACCAAUUACUUGACAAAUAUGAUGUAUGGUUUUGUUUCAAGAGUAUGAAUGUAGUACAUGUUAAAUGAACUUUUGUUA